UACGUUUUUAGCUUUACAUAAUCCGAAUGUGAAGGUUGGAUGGAACUUUCUUUGGGGGGGAGGCUGUAUGCGCACAACCACAGACGCAGUUGUAAAGAAAGCGCGCGCGAUCGCGCCUGUGUCGUGCCUGUUUUUUUCUAUUCCACCCCAAAGUGUAUUUUUGGAUACCAUGAGGCUUAUAUUUUGGGUUGCAGCCUUGGCUGUAUUAACCCUGGCAGACGCCAAAAACUCGACAGCGAAAACGAAACCGAAAAGGCAGUUAGAUAACAUUCGUACACCACAAAACCUACAGUACUCCCUAGUUCUACCGCAUUCCAGAGUAGCACAUUUUAGAUCUCUUCCCAGUACUCGAAGAGUCUCCAAUGCAUCGCAAAGAGCAGGAAAGCUACCGCCAUAUGCGGUCCAAAUGGAACCGGUGGUGCAGUAUUCUCAAAAGGAUCCAUUGUAUGAUCCGAGACACGAUCGUACAGAAGAAUCAGUCGUAAAUAGAAAUGAUAUUGCUCAAUCGAAAAUUCUUAACGUGAAUGAUCAGAGCGGUGAAGAUUAUGGACCACCAUACGGUAGCUUACCUACAGCACCGUUAUACAGUAGCGAAAGUCAACAUUACUAUGAAGCGCCGGAACCGAUUAUAGAAAUUAUUAUCAAAGAAUCUAAUGAAUCUCUUCCCGCACCACCUCCCCAGCCUAUACUGAAGAAAAAGAAAGAACCAGUCCAGGUAUUCUACGUCAAAUACAGCAAAGAUCCACAUGCUAAAGAUAAAGUUAUUUAUGAGAAGCCAAUACCCGCAAUCACGCCACCAUCCAAUGAAGAAGAUGAACAUCACGAACAUUAUGUAACAGUAACUCCUGAACCAUACUAUGCACCAACACAAACAACCACUCUCAGAGCUAUUAUUAAACCAGAAUCGGAAAUAUAUCAUACCGAUAGUAAUGUCAAGGUUACUUUUGGCAAUGAAGCUCGUCAUUAUACUUAUCACAGGCGAGAAGAAAGCCCUUCAGAAAAACACGAAGAAACAGCACCGAGACCAGUCAUUGCUUUACCAAAUAUUCAACCAACUCAAAUUUCUUUAGAACGUUCGGUGUCAUCAAACCCUCAGUAUCAAGAACAUCAGCAAAGAGCUAGUAUUGCAGGUCCUCAAACGUAUCACGCAGGUCAUAAUGCUCAAAGUCGUAUUCAAUUCCAACAGCCUUUCUUGAGUCAAGAACCUCAACUGCCAAGACAAAGACCACCAGUAGUUCCAUUUAGACAACCAAACCAAGGUUCCUUUUCAUCUGUCCCUAACCGCGCUACUUUUUCAAAUUCUCCGCCUAUAAACCAUUUUAACUCAGGUCCGCCAAUACCUGGCCCAAUCGGGCCAAUCCUACCGACACCUGCAAGACCCACAUUUCAUUCAAGACCUACAAUCUCUCCUCCAUUUCCUACUAGACAACAUAACCCUUCAAGAACAACGUUCCAUUCUGGACAACAAAGACCUCACAUUCAUUCACAAUCACAACAACCAUACUUUGAUGAAGCCAAAUAUCUUCAGGAAAACUAUCACACAAUUACAACAGAUCAAAUAGAUUCGUCAAAACAAACAAUACUCCCAAAUAAACAACAGUCAUUCAAUGUUGGAUCAAAACCAAGCGCAAAUCCCAUUAUUUUUAAUGAGCAAAACCGUCCACAGCAGCUUAUUCCAUAUAAUCAACAACUGCCACAACAACGCCCGCAACAACAUUUCGAUACAAACAAACAAAGUUUUGGGGUAACUCCUACGAGAUCUCCUUUCUUCAAUUUAAAACCAUCUCCCCCUCAAUUAGAAGCAAACCGUCCUUUCCAACGUCAACCUCAACAACAAUUUAGUUUUCAUCAAGGACCCCAGACACUACGCCCUUCGGCCCAAGGCCCUUCAAUUAAAAAUACACAUAAUCAAAACGUUUUUACCAGUCAAAAUGCUAUUUCUCCUUCACCAUCACCAAUACCUCAAGCUCAAUUUUUACCACAACCGUCAUCCCCUCCACUAUUUAGCUUCCAUCCACAACCUUCGCCAACACCUCAACAAGAUUUACCAUCGGAAGGAUCCCAGGGCCAACAAAUUGCGCAUGAACAAGAUGUUGCUCAAUUUAUACCAAGAGACAGUGAAUUGGUUCCAGCUAUAUCUAAAUAUGAACAGCACAUAACUGUUAAUGAACCUACGGGACAAACAAAUUAUAACAAUGGAUUCAGUGGAUUUAACCAACCAUCACCCACUCCAAAUUACCAACAACAAUAUGUUACAAAUUCACAACAACAAAACCAACAAUUAUAUCAACGUCAGCAUGAUCAACAGGAACUUCGUAAACAACAUGAACAAAGAGAAGAGCUGAGACAUCAGCACCAACGCCAACAACAACAACAGCAGCAGCAGCAGAAUCAACAGCAACAACAACGUCAUCAACAGCAACAGCAAGAGCAACAGCAACAGCAAGAGCAACAGCAACAGCAUCACCAUCAACAACAUCAACAACAACAACAUCAACAACAACAACAUCAACAACAACAACACCAGCAACAAGAACAAGAACAAGUACAAAAUCAGCAAUAUUUAAAUUCUGAACAGGAACAAGUGAGACAACAAUUAGCUUUUAACGUACGUAAACAACAAGAAGAGAUCCAACGUCUUCAAAAUCAACUCAUAGUUCAACAACAAAACUUGCAGCAACAACAAAGAAAUCAGUAUGAAGAUCAGUAUUCCCAACAGCAACAUAGUUCACCAUCACCACAAUACGUCGAAGAAAGAUCUCGUUCCCAGGCAAAUUACGUAACAAGUACCGCCGCACCACAAUAUUAUCAAACGAGUGCAAGAACUGUGGAAAUUAAACCAACAACACAGAGGUACGUUUCCUCAACGAAAAGUCCAACACCUGAACCUAAAAAGGAGAAGAAAAAACCCACUAUAGAACUUCCAGAUGAAGUUCCUGACGAUCUACGUCAACAACUGCUAUCCUCGGGCAUUUUGGAUAAUGCUGAUAUCAGUGUCCUUGAUUACGACAAAGUUGGUGAAACACCUUUAGAGUCCUUACCUCCAGACCAACUUGCAAAUUUCUUUAGCGCAGGAGGAGGGCAGCAAAUAGCCGCAAGCGAAAACAGGCCAAUUGUAGUGUCACCAAAUGGAGACCGUAUUGAAUCAAGAAUCGAUGAUUCUGUUGAUGACGAUGAUCAAGAUAUAUCCGCAUCGGAAAACGUUGAAAGUGUGGUCGCCCCACCUUCCCAGAAUGUUGAAAUGAAAGUGGUCCACUAUAAUCCUGAUACUGCGGAAGGUCAAAAGGUUGCAAACGAUUACGUCAAAGAAGAUGCAACCCAAGUAGAUCCAGUUGCAUUAAAUGAUAAGAAAUAUAACAGAUACUUACCACUAAAAGUAAAUGGGAAUCAAUUUCCUCUACCGGAUAUUGUAAAAGGGAGAAAGGUGACUUCAGUUGUAGUUCUCGCGCCAGUUCAAACAGAGGCAAUAAGUAUCGACCAUCGUAGAUCAGAACGUGCUGCAGGAGACAGUCUUAGGGGUCUAAAGUUUGUGGCUGGAGAUAGUCUGCACAAUCUGUUGAAGAAACCUACAAAAGAUAACUUUCAGAAAUGGUUUGACGUUGAAAAGAAAACUGAGACGGAUCAGCAAUCGGUUGUUCUCCUAGUAACUGAGAGCGAAGACCCACAAGAAGAUAAAGAAAUAUUCAUGUACGAUAUUUCUUCAGGCACCGUUAAUAAAUUAAGCGGAGAAUUAUCCAACGCUUUUGUUGAAGCGGCGGAAAACAAUUCUCUCAGCAAAGACAUUGAGCAGCUUGCCAUCGAAGGAGAAGGGACACCAGAAAACUUCAAAAAAGACACAGAGUUAGCAGCAGAGGGGUCGGAAAACGUGCCAUUAUUUGUAGAUAUAUCGGGAUUAAGUUUAGACCAAAAGGGCGGUCAAGUCUCCAUCAGUUCAGGAUACAGUAAAACAAAGAAAGGAAGACAUUUGAGAAGACGAAUUUAACGAAUCGCACGCGGCGACUGAUUUAUUUUGUAAAUAGUUUAGGUUUAGUACUAAAUUAUGAA